AUGAGCUGCAUGAAACCCAACUACUACGUCAAGAAGCCGCCGAGGAAGCGCGAGGCCGACCAGCCUGGCCUCGACGCCUUCCUCCGGCCCCAACAGCGCCGCCGUCCCGAAGCAUCCACCGACACCGCUCAGCCCGCGAAUCUCGCUCAGCCCGCGAACCUCGCUCAGCCCGCGAGCCUCACUCCGGGCAACAAGCAGACCGUCGCUGGCUCUGCGAUCCCAAGCGGCCGUGAUGCAGCAGCCGGUACUCUACCUGGCUGCUCGAUCAGCGUUAGCUCCAGCAAGGACGCUGUCGAUACGGCUCGAGGCGUCCCGCGCUCAAGCAGCGCCAUGCCCAGCAGCACCAUCUCUUUGCCCACCCCCUUUUCCUGGCGCAGCAGCAAAAGUGCCUGUGGCAGCGUCGUCGCCACCCCCCGCAUCACGCAGGAAACGAGCAGCGGCGCCAUUACUACCGGCCAACAGCGCGCGCACGCCCAAGACACUGAAAUCUCGACUCUAGCUAGCAACCCAGACGAAGCAGCUCCCUCGCCGGUCGAAAUGCAGAGCCUUUUCUCGCAAUCGUGCAGCGGCGGCGGCUCGAGCAAGGAAGGUGUCGAUCCCGCAUCGGUCUUCCCUUCGGCGGCGAUGAGCCAGAGCAGUCUUCCUGAGGAGCUCAUGGGUCUCUGCAGCGCAGGGCCGGAGACCACGAGCAGCAUCAGCAGCGCCGAGCUGAACGUCACCAGCAGCGUAAGAAGCGCAGAGCUGCAGACCACGAGCAGCGGCAGCAGCCGGGACAAAGAGGCCGUCACCACCAAAAGCGCAGCGUCGGCGAGUGGAGAGCCCGGCGAUCAAGUCGACGCCAUCAUCGCUGCAGCCAUGGCGACCCGCCCCAAAGUGAGCUUUGCAGACUGGCUCGGCAGCACCGCCUCCGCUUGCCACGGGCCUACGGAGCCGAAGGGGACGAGUGCCAUCGAUUCGAACUGGGUCGACAAGGCACUUGCUUCCGAGGCCAGCAAGGCCGCUGAAUCCAGCAGCACUAUCGGACCGAGAAAGAAAGGAUCGCGCAAGAAGCACGUCGUAGCCAAGGGGGGACACUUGCCCUUGGUCCUGGCCGCCGUGUCAGACGAAGCGGUAGUGCACUGGAAGCCAGUAUACAUCGGCGGCCCCGAAAGCAGGAUCCUUUUCAUACCCGAGUGCAUGUCUCGAUCGCAAUUCUCGCAGCGAUACCAGGGCUGCCCAGCGGUCUGGACAGCGGAGGCCGCAGACAGCUAUGCCGAGCUUCAGUCGCUUCGGCAGCUCCUCGCCCUCGCCCAAGCCGACGCAGGAUCCACCAUCCUCAAAGCCUUUACAGAGACCUGCACACGGGGGCGAGCCAAGACGAUCGCCCAGGUCACCAAAAAGCUUGGUCGCCAAAUGUCAUCCACAAAGGGCACCAGGGAGGAACUCGGCCCCAGGGUAAUCUCCGCUGCGAGAGAGCUUGGUCGAGUCAAAUUGGAGACCGCUCUGAUGGCGCGCAAGGGGAGGCACGAUAUCGCGUUCGUCAAGAGCCUCGACGAAGAAGUACAAGCUAUCCCUGGGCACAUCUUUGAUGUGGUGCGCAUGACGGAUUUCCUCGGCAGAUCCACCGCCGACAUCGACCCUGGUGCGAAGGAUGGGGACGCCGCCUGGGCUAUGAUCCCGGAGCUCACAAAGCUUCUCAAGGUCGUGAAAGAUCCUGUGGCUCUCGUCGAAUCCAAGUGGAACAAGAUGGAGCUCGCAUACAUGACCUGCAUCGCAUUGCGCCAAAGCGCAGAGCACCCGAGCUUUUACUACCUGAAUGCCUCAUCUGGUGCGAAUUCUCGCCACGAGAUGGCCACGCUUCUCGUCAACGCUCUGCUCUCGCCCCUCCCCCCCUCGAAGCGUUCAAUUGCCGCCCUCGCUCCGCCAACCCUUCGGCAAGAAUACGAAAAGCACGCCGACAAGACCAAGAGACUGUACAAAGAAAAGCGUGGUGAGCGGCAGGCGAAGAACCUUUGCCUGAACAUCGCUUGCGACGGCCGGUUCAAGCUCGUCGGGGGCGUCUGCCCCAACAAGGCCAACCAUGGUCAAGGCCGCCUCAAUUUCCGGACCGAUAUCCGUCUGAAGGCUUCAAAGGCAGUUGACACCAUCCGAGAGGAAGACGGAGCUCGCGGCUGCAGCCACGGGGACAAGGAUCGCGACGCCGAGGUCGACGAAUUGUACGAUCUGUUCGUCAAGACCUACGAGGAGGCGGACGGCAUAUGCGAGAUGUGCGGGGUCGUCCUUACCGCAUGGGAUGCACAGGGGCUCGGAUAUCCCUUCUACCGCGCCUCGUUCGAUCGGAUCGAGCCAGGUGUCCGCGGCGGACGCUACGAAGAAGGCAACGUACAGUGCACAUGCUGGGGAUGCAACGCGACGAAAGCGGACCUCGACAAAGAAGAGAUGGAAACCGUAAUCAUUCCAUCGAUCAUCGACACAAGCGACUCGCUUCUGGAAGAUGGCAUGCUCCAGCCGACGCCCUUCGUGCCGCUGAAGAUGAACGCCAAGGACCGCGCCGACUUCAGGAGCUGGUUCGAGAAGAAGCGGAGCCAGAGGACUAGUACGAACACCUCGAUCAAGAAAGGCAAGAAGCCCGGGAAGAUCAAGGAAUUCAGUCUGACGGAGGCCGAGGUCGAGGACAUGGUCGCUCGCAACUUUGCCGGCAACGGCCGCGUGCGAGACUGCACCGGCGCGGUCUUCGACCUUGAGCACAUCUCGCUCGAUCGCCUCGACAACGACAAAGGCUACGUUCGCGGCAACGUUCGGCUUAUGCUCAGGGGCCUGAACCUUCUGAAGAAGCUGGACGACGACCACAAAGUCGCCGCGUACAUCGACCAUCUUCGCAGCACCUUCCCGUCGGGCGACGCCUACGUCGCCUGGGUCUCAAGCGCUAGGGACGAGGCCGAGGCCGGUCCGUCGAGGCAGAUCCGGGAGCCGAGCGUCCCCGAGGCUGGCACGUCAAGGCAGGAGGCCAAGGAGCGCAGCACGGCUUGA